UAAUCAGAGAGAUCAGACGAGAAAAAAAGCUCAGAAGAAAUUGAUUUUAGCCCACAAUGGCGACAAUGGAAGUUGACACAUAUCAACCAGAAACAACAGCAAAAGAUGCAGCCAGUACGAUAGGACCCUGUACGAUAGGAGCAAGUCUUGGUGAAGGUUUGAAGAGAUACUAUGAACAACACAUUCACGAUCUAGUACUCUUGGAGCAAAAGAAAACUAAUGACCUAAAUCGGUUAGAAGCUCAAAGGAAUGAUCUUAACUCCAAAGUGAGGAUGCUUAGGGAGGAACUGCAGCUGCUUCAGGAACCUGGAUCCUAUGUUGGUGAAGUAGUGAAAGUUAUGGGCAAAUCCAAGGUUUUAGUAAAGGUUCAUCCAGAAGGAAAGUAUGUCGUUGAUAUUGAUAAGAGCAUUGAUAUCACAAAACUCACACCAACAACCAGAGUUGCUCUUCGUAAUGAUAGCUAUGUUCUUCACUUAAUCUUGCCUAGCAAAGUAGAUCCUCUUGUCAACCUUAUGAAAGUUGAGAAAGUUCCUGACUCUACCUACGAUAUGAUUGGUGGUCUAGACCAGCAAAUCAAAGAGAUUAAAGAGGUCAUUGAGCUGCCAAUAAAACAUCCUGAAUUGUUUGAAAGUCUUGGAAUAGCUCAACCAAAGGGAGUCUUGCUAUAUGGGCCACCUGGUACUGGAAAAACAUUGCUAGCAAGGGCAGUUGCUCAUCAUACUGACUGCACUUUUAUCAGGGUUUCUGGUUCUGAAUUAGUCCAGAAAUACAUUGGAGAAGGUUCUAGAAUGGUUAGAGAGCUUUUUGUGAUGGCCAGAGAACAUGCCCCAUCAAUCAUUUUUAUGGAUGAAAUUGAUAGCAUUGGAUCUGCACGAAUGGAGUCUGGAAGUGGCAAUGGUGACAGUGAAGUGCAGCGUACCAUGCUUGAGCUUCUUAAUCAACUCGACGGAUUUGAAGCAUCAAACAAGAUCAAAGUUUUGAUGGCUACAAAUCGGAUUGAUAUUCUGGAUCCAGCACUUCUUAGGCCUGGUAGAAUUGACAGAAAGAUCGAAUUCCCAAAUCCAAACGAAGAUUCCCGUGCUGAUAUCCUAAGAAUUCAUUCAAGAAGGAUGAACUUGAUGCGAGGCAUUGAUUUGAAGAAGAUAGCAGAGAAGAUGAGUGGUGCCUCUGGUGCAGAACUUAAGGCUGUAUGCACAGAAGCUGGGAUGUUUGCUCUAAGGGAAAGGAGAGUGCAUGUAACACAAGAAGAUUUUGAGAUGUCUGUGGCCAAGGUAAUGAAGAAGGAAACAGACAAGAACAUGUCACUUCGGAAGCUGUGGAAAUAGAUUUUCUGCAUUCAGUAUAUCUUUUUCCAGCGACAAAAUGGAACAGCAAAGAAUUCAAAGAAGAGAAGAUACUUAUCUCUCAAUCAGUCAAAUGAACAGAGAAACCAAGGAGAAAACCAUGCAGCCAUGUCUUCCUGAGGUUGUCAAACUAAGAUUGGCCUGUGUAUGUUCAUGGGCUAUUGGCAGCUUGACCAACCCACUAAACUGAGGAACAUAUUUUUUACUCUCAGACUCUUCAGAGUGUUUUCAGAAUAUGAAUUAUUGGGUUUUUAGUUUUAAGAAAAACGCUCAAAACUGCAAAACCAUAGAAAAAUUUGUUAAAAAGGAAGUAUUCCGUAUCGUUGUUUGUGACUUGAGUUGACCCUGGUUAUCAAUGGGGUUGCUUAAGAUUGGUAUUACGUUUGUUUUAGUUUAAACACUGGAAAUAAAGCAGCACCUGAUGUGAUAUUGCAGUUU